CAGUGAGUGUGUUUCAUACUUUCUUCUGUGGGGAUCGUACAGAGAAGUCUGCUGAUCAAUAUUCAACGCACAAAAGUAAACAAUUAACUAACUACACUAAGCCACAACCUCGAUAAAGAGACGACUGUGCGCUUUGUCAUUCUCAAGUUUUCCUGACUGAGGUUUUUAAUCUUGGAAACAGGUAAAGCACAGGCCAUCUGACAGAUAUACAACGCCUGAUUUCGCCUUAAAAACUUUCAGACGAGCCCUUGCUGCCGGGAGAUUAAUACUGUUUUGUCCAAGAGUCAAAACUGUUUGAUCACUAGAUUGGAGUGAUUACUCUAAAACACCAUCUUGCAAUACAUACGGACAAUAUCAGUAAAUCCUCAGAAAUGGGUAAGUACAUCAUAACGGUGCGGUCUAUCCAAGCUAAUUUCCAAUAUUAUCAGUUGCCGGAGUAAUUUCCGGGUGGUUGAAUUCAUUCUCCGCCGGCAGUAAUGUUAAGAAAUGUUGUUGUUGUUGUUUUUUUAUUGUUUAAAAUUAUGUAUAUUGUAUGAAUCAAAUAAGACUGAGGUGUUUAACGUUCAGUUGAUCUGUUUUCCCUUUCGAUUAAUCUGCUAUUCUAUCAGUUUUCCUAUCUGUUUCCGCGUGCAUAUUUUGUUCAUCUGGUUAUUAAGCAUGACCCUGAGGCUUCUUUGCCCCCUAGCCCCUAAUUUCCGUACGGUAUUACAGUAUUUUCCGACGACUGUCAAAGGGAAAAUUCCCUUCAAUUUAGAAGUAGCAUACUUCACGUACCGGAAAAAAAACUUGCAAUACAGGGUUUCUUAACUACAUAAUUAUUUAACUUGUCGUCCACUGUCAACAAAAUUAACAGUUUUCCACUUUUCUGCUCGAUAUGUCGCAUCAUCAAAUUGCAUCCGGCUUACUAGUAAGAAAAUAACAUAGCCCCCAUAAUUGGUCCGUCAAAGACGAUCGUAGCUUUAAUACUAAUUACCAGCAGCAUCAUCAUUCAAGUCUGCUUAACAAUCGACUAAAAGAGGAGUUUUAUCUAUUCUGAGGUGGCCCUGCACCAUCAAAAACAACUUUAACUAGGAUAAGGAUGCUAAGCAAUGCUGUGCCUACGUCAUCAUUAUGUCUGAGGUUUGCACUGCAUUUGAAUGAUGACUGAAAGAGAUACCUCGGCAAAAAUGAUCGGGGGCUCAGCUCGCAACUAACGCGUCUGAGUUUGCGCAAAAACUCAUAUCCUCCUGUAAAUCUCUCCAUUUGAUGAAACAAUCCAAUCAGUCAGUAAGGAUUCGGUAUUGGUCUACUAAGAUGACGAAACAACAACUUUGCUAUUGCCCAGCCUACUUUACCUCACGUUAAUGAUACAAGAAUAAAUUACUGGCGUAUUAGCAGUAGACCGUCGAACAUCAUGAAUAUUUUUGUGUCCGAUUGUCAUUUACGCGAGGAAAAUUUUUAUCGCUUCUGUACUUUCUCUCCGCAACUAAAUUACUGAAUAGAACCUGUUAACGCUUUGUCGCAUGCAUUCUUUUUAACUCUGAGCUAUGGUACUUUUAGCAGGUUGUUCCAGCAACAAGUGCAGCGGGAAACUUCAGAUGACAGAGGAAAAUAUAAAUAAACGUCUCCUAUCGGAACAGAUAGGGAACAAGUGGAGAGACCUGGCACGACAACUUAAGUUCACAGAAGCUGUCAUUGACACGAUCGAGAGCGAUAAGGGUACUUCUACCAACGAAUGCUGCAUUGCGGUCAUUGUAAGGUGGACUAAUCAGAAGGGAGAGGAUGCUACUAUCGGAAAGUUUGCUGAAGCUUUAAAAAAGAUAGGACUCAGGAAUGUAGCUGAAAAACUUCCGUGUAUGUAAUGUCGCUUCGUAUUCGUCAAAGCGUUGGUUGACACGCGAUUAAGGAUGAACUAAAUAUUUCAUUUUCUAAAGUUAAAGUAAAACCCUGUGCCUGUAAGAUUUUCCCAAUACAACUUUAUUUUUCCGGGAUGAUUUUCUUUCAGGUCCCUAACUUUUAUUUAUAUAAGAUAUACCUGACCCAAUUUUGAGUCUUGCAAAAAAAGAACUAUUUCUCUCCUUUUUAAUUAUGAAAAGUGGAAAUAUUAAACAGUGCUUUUACAAAAGUAAUAUAACUUUAAUUUCCAGGUCUUUUGUCAUCAGAAGAGAACGACGAGGUAGGAAGAAACGACUCAAAUCAAGUAAAUUCUCGAACUUUUAGCAACUUUAGGUGUAAUUGGAUGAUGCCUUAAGCCCUCCUAAGAAUAUUUGCUGUAUAAGUGGAUAAAGUUUUGUUCUCUUUAAGAUCCAAGACGUUCUUUCCGUUAAAAAUUUGAACUAAGCAAGAGUAUAGCCCAUAAAAGAGUCAUUGGCCGGCAAAAUUUUAAAAGUUUGAUUUUUUAUCUUAUUUCAGAUGGAGAGUACAAUAUAUGAAAUAGAGAAAAACUGUAAACAAUUGAGAAAAGAGGUAAGAAAUUAUUUGGAAGAUAAGUUCUUCUGAUUCUUAACAGAAUUACGUUUUUCGAAAUUAAAACAGACCUAUGUUCAUCAAUAAACAGCACCACCAAUUGCAAGUGAGAAAGCAAGAGCUCGAAAAAGAAAAGCAGAGUAUGACAAAACAGCUUCAAGACAGUUUAGAAGAGGUUGGUAAAUAAUUUUGAUUUAUGAUGAGCAGCUAGUUGGAUAUUUAUCUUUCUUUACGUUUCCAACCAGCAUGGUAACGAACCAUUUCUUGUCAAACGACGGAUACCUUAUCUGAUAAUUUUCCCUUGAUAGAAACAAAGCCAAAAAGUGCAUUUUCCUUUAUGCAAUUUAAUAAACAGAGCCAGAAAUUACGCACAAGAAUUCAAGAACUGGAGGAGGAACUGUCUAGAGUAAAACAACAGCUUCACGAAACUUCCCAAGAGGUUGGUAACCACAUUUUCUGCUCUGUUCUUGUUUUUGCUUCUUAACAUAUCAGACGUACCUUCAGCUCAUUCCAAUAUAAUUGGGAUGAAUUUCCAUGAUACCCUGUGACAAUUGCUCAAUGCUCAAAAAAAUAAUUAACUACCAAACGUCAUUUCUGAAAUUUUGUCUUUCAUUUAAUAUGUGACACAGAGUGAAGAGUGGAAGACCAGAACUUUAAAACUGGAAAAGGAGUUGGCAGAAAUAAGAGAAGACAAGUCAGAACUGGUAGGCAUAUGUUACUUAAACUAUGUUGAACGCUACAGAAACAGCUCAUAUUUCCUAAACGAAAUGUUAAAAAAAAAAUUUAACAAGAAUUAAAAAUCAUAGUGAUUUUUUUGCAAUUUUUCGUUUGGGGUAUGGACUUGCUUUUUGAGAAAUUUUCUGAGCCGAUUUACAAGAAUGGUGCGCUUUUUUGCUGAUUCCCAAAUCACUUACUUAAAAACAAGUGCUAUUACACAUUACUUAAUAGGCUCCUGGUAACAGGGACAACAUAUUGUCAGCUGUGGCGAGUGGCGCGUCUCGUUAAGAGUUUUUGCACAACCCAAUAAUAAAGCCGCUAUGUAUAAAUUAUAACCCAAUUUUCUUCUUUUUCUUCUGAUGACAAAAAAAUUUUGUGUACUUUUGCAGGAUUUGGCCGAGAACUUCGAUAAUUCGGCCCGAGAGGAUGAUUUUGAAGAUACCAGAAAUUCUCUCGCACCAGGCCGAGGAGAUACGGAGGGUGAAAUCGACGCAAAGCUGAAAGACCUCGACGAGCUCCUUCGUAAAAUGUAACAUCUUUAUUGGAAGUGCCAGAGAUAAAAGAAGACAAACUGAAAGUUUCUGUCACGCUCGACCUUUUACUGAGACUCAGUGUAAGUCUACAGGAGUUGUACACCUCUGUCCACUCCAUGGUGUCUGAGUGUUGUAAAUGCAGUGAGGAGGUGAAACGAGAGUUUUACGACUUUGCGUAUCACGGUCUUAGAGCAGAACACAACGAUGUGGUGCAUCGAGUUGAGGAUUUGGCAACGACACAAGAAAAAAUGACCGACGAAGAUAAAAAGAAUUUUGGUAAACUCCAACAACUUCAGACCAAUCGACAGAGACAGGUUGAUUGGCUGGAGAACCUGUGGAAGGGUCUAUUCUCACCGGUAAGAAUACUUGUUAUUCAUUGAAAAAUGAGGAUUUGACCGGCAAUUUCUAUAUCUUGAGGCAUUUUUGGAAGAAAAGAAAUCGCAAGUGGUGUCAAGUAGAUUGCAACCUAAGAUCUUCUGAGCUGCACUAUUUUGUUUCAUGACGAAAGGACUUGAUUGACAUAGAUAACAAAAUCGAACGAUAUAUUAUUCUAAUAAUCUAAUAGUUACCUUUUCGUUUUCGAAGAGACCAAAGAGUAGAUUAGGGGGCUUUCAUCGAAAAUGUUCAACAUUGGAAAGUUGUUAACGAAUUGAUAACUCAAACACAACGGACAAGAAAUAUCAGGGAUAUAAAGCAGGUCUAAUAAAAAAUUUGGUUUUUUUUUUGUCUCUAUGAACUGCAGCCUAAAAGUCGUCCUGAAUAUACACACUCUGACCCUUGUGGAGCGACUGGAAAGACUUAUCACUCUAAAAAGGUAAAAUUCAUCUAAUGAAUGAAGUAAAUGAAUUGCACGUCGAAAAAGGGAGGUUUAGAUAAAGCUCUCGUAAGAGAACGUUUCUUUCCAUUCUCUCUCUGUUUCGUUAUAAGACACGCGUUCUGUUCGUUCCUUACUUUUUUCUGGUCUGACCUCUGGGUAUUCAUAUUACUUGUCUGAAACCAAAGUUCUUCCAACGACAUGAUCAUAUAUUAGUAAUCAACUUUAAAUAUUUUAAUUUUUAUUAUCUUGAAACAUUUUUUGCCUAUAAGGGCUAUAGUGGAAAAAAGAAAAUAACUAUGUUUGGUGAAUAAAAUGUUGGACCCUCAAAUAGAAAAUUCACAGCUCCACCCCUGUUGUCAAGCAGUUCUUUGUGUUUGGCAGCCCUGAAGACAUGACCUUAUUCAAGCCUGACGUAACUUUUUUUAUUUUGCUGUGUAGGAUUUGAGACGACAAUGUACAGACCCUGGCGCCAAACCCAAGCAGAUCAGGCCAGGUGAACAGAAGACCAGCCCAGAAACAACAACAACAUCGAGCGAGGAUGAAAAAUACGAAGUGUGUUUCAAAAAG